CUCGCCCGCUCGCUCCGCGCUCCCUCCCCCCCUCCCGCGCGGAUCACAGACAGGCUCACGGUCACGGCCGGCCUCCCAAUUCGCAACCUCGCCUCCGCCUCUCCUCCUACCCCUCCGAAAAAGCAAGCUCCGGCCGGGCCGCCACCACCACCACCGCGCGCGCGUGCACGCGCUCCCACACACAGACAGACAGACAGACAGACAGAGUGAGAGACGCACGGUGGUUCGGGGUCUCCCUUCUGCCAGGCGCACGAGGAGCCAUGGCGCAGCGCGACAAGAAGGAGGAGCCCACGGAGCUCCGGGCGCCGGAGAUCACGCUGUGCGCCAACAACUGCGGGUUCCCGGGUAACCCGGCCACGCAGAACCUGUGCCAGAGCUGCUUCUCGGCGUCGAGGUCGCCGUCGUCCCCUACCUCCUCCUCCUCUUCCCUGGCGUCCGCGGCGUCGCAGCCGAGGCCAGCAGCGCUCGUCGUAGACGCGGCAGCGGUGGAGGCGCUGGCCGCUCCGGCGGCCGCGGCCGUGGGCCAGGCUACGGAAGCCGCGGCGAGGGCGUCCGCGAGCCGGUGCUCCAGCUGCCGGAAGCGCGUGGGGCUGACGGGGUUCCGGUGCCGCUGCGGCGAGCUCUUCUGCGGCGCGCACCGGUACUCGGACCGGCACGGCUGCAGCUACGACUACAGGGGCGCCGCCCGGGACGCCAUCGCCCGGGAGAACCCGGUGGUGCGCGCGGCCAAGGUCGUUAGGUUCUGAUGACGGGAAGGAAGGAAGGACACAGCACAAAGGCUCGCAGGGCGGAGAAGGGGAGGAGGAAGGCGUGCGGACAAGGUCUUCGGUGUUAUUAUUAUUACGCUGUUCCUUUGAUUUUAAUCUCCUUUUUUUUUAAAAAAAUAUUUGUCCUAUGGGAAUGGGAUUGGGAGAAGAGGUGGACGAAGAAUAGUGGAGUAAUAAUAAUGGUGGUGGUGCAGUGGCGGUGGUUGAGGGCCCGAAACGAUGAACAGAUGGGUUGGAUUGGGUUGGGUGUAUGUAUGUGUCACACGCAACUUUGGACAGAACUAUUAUACUAGUACUAA